GAGACAUAUGUAAACAAUGUGAAUAAAUUCAAAUGGUGCGAUAAAGCAAGCAAAACGAAUAACGUACAAUGGCUGGGGGAGAUGACAUCAAUGAAAAUAUUGAAAUUGAAGAGGACAAGAAUUCUGCCGAAAUUGAGCGAGAACGUAAAGAUGACUUACAGAAGAAAAAAAAUUGCGAAGUUCAGGGGUUCUGUGAAUAUGUUGGCAACAAAAAAGCAGACAUAGAUACAGUUAACGACAACAAUUUGGAGAGCAUCAACACAAACACUUGUGACGAAUCGAACGUAGUGAACUGUGAUGAAAAGACAAACGGUGUAAACAACCAUAAGGUCACUUUUCCUGAGGAAGUUGAGAUCAAUAGAGAAUUUGCAGCGUCGCUUUCAGCCAAGCCAAAAUGCACUUUAAGCGUGGUACAGGAAAUGCCAAACAGUCCGGCUAAGUCAAUCAAUUCCCUGGACGAAGACUUGCCAACCUACAUACCCAACCGAUCCAAGCGAGGACUGGAAAUAGGUUCAGAGAAACUCAUAACAGAUGCCGAUCUGCUGUUGGCAGCAACGUUAGUGACGGACGCCAUCGAGGGUCACAAGUUCGAGGCCAAAAGAGAACCCAGAUACGUCAGAUCGUAUAACUAUUUCAAGUCGACGUACCUCCGCCUUCCCCUAUACGUGGCCAUCGUGACCACAUUGCUGCUGACACUGUUUGAGAAACCCGCAGUAAAAAGGCUCGAACUUCCCUACCAGGCCACGAUGUCAGUUGAGAGUGUGUGCCUGCUUGUAUUCAUUUCGCGCAUCGUGCACCACGCCCAUUGGCGCUCAUGGAGAGGCUUCAGGAAGGACUUGAAAAUCAUCGUCGCCAUCGCCAGCAUCAUUGCGACUGCUCUGGAUAUGAUAGCUUACAUUCUGGUAGUGGAGCUGUCCACGUGGUCUGCAGUUCGUUGGACCCGCGUUCUUCGACCUCUCCUUAUCAUGAACUUCUCCGAUGGCACACACUUAAAAAGGGCAUGGAGCAACAUCCGGAUAACAUUGAAACAGAUCGCGCACGUCAUUGGCCUUUUCUACUUCCUGAUUAUCGUAUUUGCCCUGGUGGCCAUGAAAAUGUUCCAAGCUAGGCAAGAUUUGAUUUUUCCCGAUGGAACGCCUUAUUUUAAGAACUACGUGGAGAGCUUCUGGCAACUCUAUAUCUUGGUAACCACGGCAAAUAACCCCGAUGUAAUGAUGCCCGCUUACGACAGCAACAAGUGGUAUUGCCUGUUCUUCACCAUCUACAUCAUCUUGUGCUUGUAUUUGAUGCUGAACAUUUUGCUGGCCGUCACCUACAACAGUUACAGGGAGUGCAUGAAAAACCAGAUCAAGAGAGCAGCAUAUCGGAAGAAGAGUAUUCUACACCAGGCGUUUGAAAUGAUUAAGAUAAAUGUAGACGGGAAAGAAAUGGUAACCUACAAAACAUGGGUACGGUUGAUUCGUUUAGCGCACCCCGGCAAGACCAAACACCAAAUCGACCUGUUGAUGAUGGUUCUGGACACAGACAAGACAGGCUUUAUAAGUCGAUGCCAGUUUCUCAACAUAGCGAACUUGUUGAAUGUACCGAUAUCGGUUGUGUCGGAAAGAAAGACGUUUAUGGAAAUCUAUGUUCCGCGUUUGUACUCCUGUAAAAUCAGCAAACUCAUAAGGGCGUUCGUGGACACAAUCUAUUUCAGCUUGUCCUACGACCUGGUCGUUGUUGCAAACGUUGCCCUAAUUUGCCUUAACAUUGACGAUCUUGACUGGGCAUUUGUGGCGCUUUAUCUUAUUGAAAUUCUUCUCAAAUGGUACACAUACGGAACAAAGAGAUAUUUUCAUCACAUUCAAAACUGGACCGACGUUUUGAUAACUCUGAUGUCCUUGACAGUGCUGAUUGUCGUUGAUUUUAAUUUAACUGGAGCAUUGAAUCCAGAAGCACUCAGUGUGUUGAACGUGUUUCGUAUUUUCCGUAUCCUGCGCUGUUUGGUGGAAUUUGAAAGAUUUAGAAUAAUCUUUGACGCAGUCUUCAACGUAUCGUUUUCUAUCCUGACUUACUGCGUAAUUUUAUUCAUAGUGUUUUAUUGUUUUGCUGUUAUUGGAAUGGAAGUGUUCAGUUUAAAGGUGCACUAUCUUGGUUAUAACAACUCGGCCCCGACAGAAGAACAACUCAAUUGCAACAAUCCUGCUCUUAAUGGAAGUGUCUAUAGUGCUAACCGUUACUGCUCUCUCAAUUUUAAUGAUGUCAUCAGUUCACUUGUUUUGUUGGCCGCGCUGCUCAUUGGAAACAAUUGGCAUGUGAUAUGUGAUGGGUUCGUACAAGUGACGAGUAUUGCUGCUCGUAUCUACUUCAUGAGUUUCCAUCUGUGUGUGGCUGUCGUCGUAAUGAACAUUGUUACUGCCUUCAUUCUUGACAUGUUUAUGUACGAAUAUACAUUUUCAAAGAAAGGACACAUUGACACGAAAGUGGAACAGACAAUUAAAAAUCUUCAACUUGGAAUCGACGAUGAGACUGGAAUGGACAUAACCAAAGACAAUCAGCCAACGAGUGAACGCCGGGACAGCCAUAGUAUGUUUCAUACAAAGAGUAUGUUCCGAAAACUAACAAUGCGAAAUCAACUGCCCACAACGAGACCGAAUCUGACACGCUACGAUGGAAUACGAUUUCAUAUAAAGAAGCGAGGGUGGACGAAGACAGAACAGCUGCUUCAACAGUUGUUCGAGCUGGAAGAAGAACAUGAACACGAGCAUGACCACGAUGACGACUACAAGCUUAGGUCUCUUAGCAUUUCAGAACCGUUCCUGACGUAAUUGUACAGACGAAGUACUUUAAUUUGAUGACAAUGAGCCUGAAAGGUCCCUCUAUAACGGGGCUGAUACAGAGAAUGGGCUAACAUGUGUAUUUAUGUAACAUAAAUUCGUGUUUUCUGGGGCCAAAGAACAGCUUAAACGUGAUUUAUAUGGGUAUUGCGGCUACGUGUUUAACUAUGAGAUACAAACUUGUGUGGUAUUAUUGGAAAAACUGUCAUGUUGUGUUUUUCAUCGGCUUGGAUAAUGUACAUCAAUGCCGGUUUAAAUAGGUGAUGUCCUUUGAUAUGAAUUCUGGUUAGGGACUUUUCGCCCUGAAAUUAAGGAUUUUCUAAAAUUACUACUACUAUUUUGUAUUAAUUAGUUUGGAAUGAAAGUUCACAUGCAUAAAGAAAGGUCCCUGAUCUGAAAAACAGUUCGCA